GGCAGCACAAAUUCACGUGAAACGGUGCUUCUACUAUCAUUUUAGGCAGGCAUGGGGCUGUCUAGUCUAGCCGUGUCUAUGAACUACACAAAAUUACUAUUUAUUUUCCUAUUGUCCCUAUUAUAUUGUACAGAUACAAAUGGAAUUUAUUUGAACGGAGGAACUGGCUCUUACGGAAGAUAUCCGAAAUGGAAUGCAUGCACAAAUGCUUCGAUCAGUUUUGAGUUCAAGACUCGGCAAGAUAAUGGUCUUUUGAUGUACACGGAUGAUGCGGGGACAUAUGAUUUUUUCGAGCUCGUCCUAGUAGAUGGUGUUUUAAGAAUGCGACUUAAUAUUGUCGAUGGUCGUGAUGGAAGUGUCGAAUUUCUUAUAGGAGAAAAUCUAGCAGACUAUAACUGGCACAAAGUGUUAAUCCAGCGCAAGAGAAUGGAGACUAGCCUUACCAUUGAUGAUAUGACAGACCAAACCCAAACUAGACUUUCCUAUGGCUCAGAUUUCAAUUUUGGAGAAAUCAAGAACAAUAGCGGGGUGUAUUUUGGAGGAAUGCCUCAACAUCACUUCGACACGAAUCUGAGGAAUCUCGCGUUACCAUCAGUUAUGUUUGUGGAAAAUCUCCGCGGUUCAUUCCGAAAUGUGAUUUACGGAAAUUGUUCGUGUUCUUUGGUUCGCGGAGUUGUAGAACCAAAAGUCGGGCAAUCUUAUGGAGUUCCGGAAGUUUGUGAAACAAGAAAUCCAUGUGGAGAUUGUUUGUGUAUAAGCAGAGAUACGACCCCAGAAUGUAAAUGUGUUGGAUUAAGCUGUAAAUCAACUUACUAUCACUUGCCAAUGGACGCUAUAGAAGGGACCUCACUGUCGAACCCAUCAGGACUGGACGCCCGUGUGUAUGGUGCACCCAUUCUGACCCGAGGAGCACUAAAUAAGGCCUUGGUACUAGAUCGUGGUCAAUGGAUCCAGGUCAGUGGCCCUGGACAUCGAUACGAGUGCUUCGGUGAUCUUGAUCUGUGUUCCAGAGGAUACACCCUGGGUUUAUGGGUCUACUUUAAGAAUGCUGGAAACACUAAAGGAGUGUACAUGACAAACGGUGGUCACGACGCAGAGUCCCAUGGAAUCGCCAUGACAUACAAACUGGGUCUUCUAGAAUUUACCUUCAAAAAGAAAAAUGGACAGACCUGGACCGUGAAGUCGGAUAACGUGCUUUCCGAUAAAUGGUAUCACGUGUCCGUCACGUGGAAAGAGAAUGAAGGACUCAGUCUCUAUCUGAAUGGCGACCCUGUCAGUAAAGGUCCGAACCCCCAGAAGCGAGCACCAGCAAUAUCGCGAAUAAAAAACAACAACUUCAUUGUUGGAGAUGCGCAAGGCAAUCUGGAUAACUUCAUCAUUGAUGAGCUCAAGUUCUGGUCUGACUUUAAAACGGAAGAGGAAAUCAAGGAGAUUGGUCCGAUGUAUCGAUAUUACUUUUCAAUGGAUGAAAGAAUCGGAGAUGAGCUGAUAGUAAACAACGCUUACACCGACAUCAAUGGAAAUGUGGCCUUGACCCCUGGGAAAAUUAGAAACGCAUUGACCUUCUAUGGUGAUGGUGGUUACGUCACAGUCGAGAAUUUUGGGACAACAUGCUUGGGUGACGUCACUAAAUGUUUAUAUGGAUUUACAAUAUCGUUUUGGAUCGAGUUUAGAUCUUUAACGGGCGAUAUUCCUUACUUUUCAAGUGGGCCACGUGGAUUGAAAAUUUUCUCACGCGGAGGAAACUUGCAUGCGGAGGUAUCUGACGGUAAAGAAACAUGGUCGGAUAGUUUUUACGGGUUAAAACACGAUAGAUGGCACUUCAUUGAAGUCACGUGGUCUCCUAAAAUUGGAUUAUACAUGUUCCUAGACCUUGACAUGGCUUCAAGGCAAUCUACUCCAGAACCAAGGGAUUCAACAGAUUCUACACAGGAAAAUUUCCUGAUAGGAAGGGUCGGGUCUGGAAUGACUGCCAUGAGGUACCCGAAUGCAGCUAUUGAUGAAGUCGAGAUUCAUUAUGGCGAUAGAUUCUCAUUGCUUUAUCUUGAUCUUAUUCAAAGAGGAAAACCGGAUAACUACCAGUUCAGUAUGGAUUCAAUGCUGGGUGACCGACUGAUGCACCCCACUCUCUUCGUGGACACGUUAAACCGACCCAAACUCGUGACCGGUAAAAUCGGAAAAGCCAUUAAACUGAACGGUGAACAGCAGGUAGUAGAUUUCGGUGAAAAAAAAUCACAAUGUUUUGGGAAUUUGGAUUUUUGUCACCACGGAAUUUAUACCUCUCUUUGGUUUAGACCGACUACUUUCAGAAAUAAUAUGUAUUUUUUCACUAGCGGCCAUAAUGGUAUCACUUUGAGCAACAGACGGGAAAAUCUCAAGGUCACUGCCGGAACCUCGACUAGACUUUGGGAAACUUCAACAGAUGUUCUUAUUCCGGGAAACUGGUAUUUCCUGGAAAUUUCUUGGGAUCCUGAGACUGGUUUAGAAGUAUUUGUUGACGAAGUUCCUGUUGCUAAGGACAGGGAUCCGUCUAGACGAACGGACCCACUUCCGGACAGUUUAAUCGAAAGCACUUUACAGAACAAGAUCUAUCUAGGUCGCGGAAAUGUUUAUAUGGAGGACGGACAGUAUGGGAAAGGCACGUUCGACGAAUUGGCGUAUUGGUACGGACCACGUGACUAUCUAACGGCUUUUGGAUAUCUUCAGAGAGGGAAGCCCACCAGCUACUUGAUCGAUUUCCAGGACAUGCGCCGUGGGAAACUUUUACACUCUGAACUCUACCUUCCCACAGUCGGAUCGCCAGUACAGGUCCCGGGGGUUGUCGGGAGAGCGCUGAAACUUAGCGGUCUUGGCCAAUAUCUGGACAUUGGUCAACACCAGGACUCCUGUCUCGGAAACUUAGAGAAAUGUCCUAACGGCAUCACAAUAGGAGCUUGGAUGAACUUUCAGGCCUUCUUUGAAAAUAUGUUUAUCAUGUCGACCGGAAAGAAUGGUCUGCGCAUGUUUCACAAAGACAGGAAAAUUUAUGUCACAGUUGAUCAAGAUGGGAAACACUGGGAGGUUAGUUUCCCACGCGUCGAACCGGAAACGUGGAACCACAUGGAGAUGUCCUGGCAUCCGGACCACGGACUAUCCAUGUAUGUCAACAACACCCUUGUCGCUAAAUCACGCUACACGAACGUGCCCAUAGAGGUAGCAAACAACGUACCGAAUUUUUAUGUCGGGCGAGCUAAUGAUGGAGACUCGCUUGAAACAGUGAACGACGCUAGCAUGAUCAUUGACGAAAUGGAGAUCUGGUUUGGCAGACGGGAAGAGUUACUGGCCUUUAAUUACCUCUUACGUAACAACAUUCCUCACGAGACUUUCUCCAUGGAAGACGAACGAAAUGGUAUAGUUCGUCACCCCCGCUAUACUGUUACUUUAGCAAAUGGCGCCAAGAUAGUACCGGGGAAAAUCGGCAACGCUGUCUCAUUGGCUGGAACAGGACAGUAUGUUGAUCUAGGUGUCCCAGACGACAAGUGCCUGGCUGAUAUCAACCAAUGUAAGAAUGGGCUGACGAUGUCACUUUGGAUAAAAUCGCGGGAACUUGUUGACGGAGCAUACUUCGUUUCUGCACCCUCAUACUCGCUUUUCUACCGGGACGGUAACCUUGUCGCUAGGUUCCAUUCAGACGGUAAGACAUGGGAAGUAUCUAGUCCAAACUUCAGAGCCGAUAGAUGGCAUAAUGUUGAAGUUUCAUGGACACCAGAUAAAGGUCUUGCUCUUUAUCUCGACGGUACGAAAGAGGACGCUACUGUCACCUGGACCCAAUCUCAGGCCGAAGCGCCCUCUGGUAGAAAUGUUUAUGUGGGAAGGGAACAGAGAGACGAACCAGCGAGGACAAAAGCCCUUGUGGAUGAGAUUCAGUACUGGUAUGGUCCAAGGGAUGAAGUGGUGAGAGCCGGACAGAUAGGAGAGUUUUUAAGACAUGAAGUAAUCCCGUUCGAUAAAGUUAUCAGGAUACAAAACGGAACAUCGAACAUCGUUCUCCCCACCAGGACAAUACGUCUACACGAAGGCCCGGUCCAAGUUCAAGGACAACAUGGUAGUGCCAUCAGGGUCAACGGCAAAAGUCAAUAUCUGGACCUCGGGGAGGAUCUGAUUUGUAAUGGUAACCUCGAAAACUGCCCGGAAGGCAUUACCAUGGUGAUGUCAGUGAAACCAGAGGCCUUACUUAAUAAUAUGUAUUUUUUCGACAGUUUCCCGGUCUCGCUUUACUAUCGAGACGAGAAAUUGUACGCGACUGCUAGAACACCGACAAAAUCCUGGACUGUCUCGACGCCGGGAUUUGACGUUAAUGAAUGGCACUUAGUGGAAUUGUCAUGGCACGAUCAAGAAGGACUGACUAUGUAUCUGGACGGCCGGAAAGGCGGAUAUCAGUCUUUCGGUACCCCUCAAGAUGAAGUGCGGGAGUGGAGUAGCAAAUCGUAUGUCGGUAGGUCGUUGUCAGACAUGAGAAGGGAACGCUUUGCGGACGCCACAUUCGAACGCAUGGACACGUGGAACGCCAGAAAAGGAUAUCUGCAGUCCUUCAAUUUGAUGCCAAUAACAGAUGGACUCCCAACCGAACGCACCGAGACCGGACCAGGUGUGCCACCAAUCAAUGUGACCCCUUUUAACCCCGGUCUUUCCGGUGGUAGAAUAGGAACGUCCAGAAUCAACAUAAACACGGGAGACGGUUUCCCGGUCAAUCGCCAACCUGACACGACCAGCGAAGAAAUUGUGAUUGUCCUAGAUGGUGAUAUGAGUCGUGAAAGUGGAAGAAGUCAGCCGCCAGUUAGAACCGGAAGUGAUAGAAAUCCACCUCAGGUACCUCGAAUCUGGUAUAUCACUAACCUUACAGGAAUUCUCAACGAAAAUCGUCGUCCUACCCCGACGCCUCGACCCCGACCCCCACCACAGCCACAAACGCCGCGACCCCGACUCCAACCGCAGCCACAAACGCCAGCUCCUGUAACGUCACAAGGCAACAGUCGACUGAUAACACAGGACUCAUCUCGCCAAAGAAACACCAACACCAUUCGGUUUAUGGGAGAUGGCGCCUAUGUCCACUACAACUUCAGCAUGUUCACUAGACGACAUCGUCAGAUGGCGGAGUACACACAGAAUGAGACAUUUUCCCUUCAGUUCAUUACAGACGCGUCUAACGGACUUAUUUGGCUGGACCAUCGUGGCGAUCCAGUCCUCUACCUGGCACUCAAGGACGGGUACUUAGUAUUUGGUAUCGAUGAAGGAGACGGCGCUCUCAGGGAGAUCAGACUGCAGUCCCUCCGGGUCGGCGACAUUAACGACUGGAGGUGGCACACGUUCAAGGCCUCCAGAUCCGGCCGCUAUAUUAAGUUCUACAUCGACAAUAUCCUUGUUGGGGAGACAACAACUAGAACGGAGAUACAAUUUGUGGACAGAGGACAGGUGUAUCUUGGAGGUUCUCCCGACACCAGUUACCUAACGCAAAGACGAAUAAGCUCGAGCUACAACGGAGCCCUUACAGUGGUAGAGUAUGAGAAGAAAAUAUCCCCUAUACGCGUGGUCAUCGUUAGUCUUCUCCAAUACAUUGAAUCUGGAAACCGGCACGGCACUUUCCAGAUAAUCAGGCCAGGUGAUCCAUGGACUACUCGCCCACCUAGAACGCCCAGACCUGAUGUGACACCUUUCCCGAUAACCACCCCGUCACCCACCACUGCUCGUCCAACUAGACCUCCAAGACCAAGCAACUACAAACUCCUUGACGUCAUUUCCAUCCGGUCAGCGUAUUUGCAUAUUCCCGGAUACGUUGAUAUGCGCAGUCAAGGGUCUAUCUCCUUCCGGUUUAGGACUUUUGAGCCUAGAGGGGUAAUUUUCUUUACAGAGAGAUUAAGCACACCAUAUUUUUGCGCUUUUGAAAUAUUUGAUGGCUACCUUUAUAUGGUAUAUAACUUUGGCCAGGGACCCAUGAGACAGAAGGUAUCUGAUCGGAAAUUGAACGAGGGCGAAUGGCAUGAUAUUCAGUUACAGCUACGUCAGAAUGACGCUGUAGUGUAUGUUGAUGGGCAGACGACCUCUGUUCAGAUCGACCCCUCGUCACGUGCUCAGAUUUACAUGAACAGUGGAUUAUACAUUGGAGGCCUGCCCCUGGGCCGGGAGUACCCUUGGUACAUAUGGUCCAGGGUAGGAUACAACGGCUGCUUCGAUGACCUCAUCAUCCGAGAAUUCUCAACGGAUAUGCGUGGUAGUGUUUCUAUUCCCAACAACGCUAAUGUGCAGACAGGUUGUACUAUGCUUGGAAGGUGUGAUGGAAGUCGAUGUACGCAUGGCACAUGCAACAAUCGAAUGGAUAAUUUCAUUUGUGACUGCAUGGCCUCUGGAUACCAGGGACAACUAUGUGAACAACUUGCCGUAGUGGCUGGAUUUCAGGGAACGAAUUCUGUUUCUUACUACUAUUCAACAACAAGACAAACCCACACGAAUGACAUAGCACUGAGGUUCAACACAAUGUUCGGCGAUGCUUUCCUGUUCCAGACCGCUUCCAGCCGACACCCGGAAUACAUCAAAGGAGAACUUCAGGACGGAAGAGUCAAAAUAACAUUCUUCGUUGACGGAAGGGAACAGGUUUAUUACACGGGGUCAAAUUUGAAUGAUAACACAUGGCAUAAUCUAUACCUUCAAAGACGAGCCAAUCAGCUUGAACUGUGGGUGGACAAAGAACCACACGUACUUGAAACAUUGGAGGGAGAAGAUUUCUACAUAAAUAUUGGUGAAAUAAACUUUGGGUCAAGCACCUCUGCAUCUACCCAGUCACCUAACUACAUUGGCUAUCUCCAAAAUGUCUACUUCGAUGACGUUGACCUCUUCGCCAAGCUGCAUCAGCAACCCAAUCUCAACAUUAUCUGGUACACUAACAUUACAGUGGGCCAGAACCCGCCAAUCCCGAUAUAUAAUCCCGUGACAAUUACAUCACGAGAAGCCUACAUGAUGCUUACACCUCUUCCAAAGGUUGGAAACCUUCAUAUUACUUUCAAGUUCCGUACUAGUCAGCCGGACGGUGUCAUCCUUUUCAAUAAGGGCAGAAAGGGGAAAUUCAUUGCGGUCGAACUUGUUGGAGGGUAUCUGGUGUUUGCUUACAAUAAUGGGUACCGAACCAGUACUAACAGAAUCAACAAGAAAGCCGAUGAUAAUCAGUGGCACACGUUCGAGGUCAGGGAAGUCAGGCAAACCAAUGGAAACAGAGUGUAUCAGGCGAGAGUUGACGAUGUUCUCCGGACUAUUCCGAUUGCAGGGACAGAUGACCUUGGACUGUCCGGGCAUAACCUUUACCUUGGAGGAUUGUCUGAGAAUAUGUUCAAUCUUGACGCCUUCGUUAAGUCAACACUGUCAUCGACAACAGGAUUUAUGGGAUGUCUAGCCUCUGUGCAUUUGAAUACCGGAACCCCAGAUUUUAAAAAAUAUGCAAGCAGUGCCAUUCUUUUGGACUCUUGUCAAGAAAUCAAUGGAGUAUGUCCGACAAGCAGUAACCCUUGUCAGAACAAUGGUGUCUGUACAGCGGGAAUCUCCACCUUUACUUGUAACUGUAACCUCACGGCGUACGCAGGACCUAGAUGUGAAGCAUAUCCACUUGGAUUAUAUAUUGGUAAAAAAGGAUUGGAUGGAAUUGUGACUUAUACAUAUGAGAACACUAUGAAUUCGGACAAGGACAACAUCGCCUUAGGCUUUAUGACAUACCGAGAGGACGGCAUCCUUUCCCGCUUUGAUAAUCUUUACGGCACCGAGUACAUUGAAUUGCGCCUGGAGAAUGGCUUUUUGGUAGCUGAGUAUGACACAGGGGAUGGUGCUCAAACCAUAGUUAUUGAUAACAUCAAAUACAAUGAUGGAAGCUACCAUGUUGUCAACUUCUAUAGAGAUUCCGACGGCUCCAGAUUCUAUGUUGAUGGUUUUUCCGAAGAUCUCACUCACUCCGGCGCUCACUCUAUCUUUGAUAAUCUGCAAUAUGUGUACAUUGGAGGAAGACAAGAUUCAAACGGGGCUGUAAUGAAUGCUUAUAACGGUAUCAUUGGAGGGUUGUUUUACAAUGGGAACAGAUUUAUAGAUCUAGCCCACAAUACUGAUAACAACAUUGAAUGGACAGGAGAUCUAACCAUGAUAAAGGAUGGACAAUACGUGCUGGUACCCCCGAUUGUUAUUACCACCCCAAGAGUUUUGACUCCUCCUCCACGGACACCGGUCCCCCCAAUUGAUGGAAACAUUGUGAUACCUCCAGAUAUAGGCGGCGGUGGUGUUGUCGGUCCUGGUUUUGGAGGUGCCGGUGGCCCAGGUGGUGGUGGCAGCGAUAUGGUUGGUAUUGGUUCCGGACCAGGCGCUAUUACUGGCGGUGGUGGUUCGUUGACGAAUGUGGUACCUGGAACUGGUGGUGGACCUACCGCAUUAGGACAGACGGGCGGAGCCGGAGGGGCAGGCGUUCCUUUGGCUGCUGCUGGAGGAGGUGGAGCCCGCGCGGGCGCACUGCUUGGAACAAUUUUGGGAACAAUGGCCUUCAUGGCAAGUCUUUUGUGGGCUCUUUGGCAGUGUAAGCCAGGAAUGGUUCCUUGCUUUGGAGGCGGAGGUGGUGGAGGUGGUGGAGCACCCUCUAUGGCCAUUUCAUCACCAACUCCGGCAACCAAUUUACCAGUGGCUCAGGCUCUCGGUGGUGGUCCAGGUGGAGCGGCCCUUAGUAGUUCCGGGGCUGGAGGAGGUAGUGCUGGGGCCGGAGGAGCUAAGGUUACAAUUUUGAAUGGAUCUGCAAGUGGAGGCGGUGGCAGCGGUGGCGGUGCAGGAAGCAAUUCAGCUUUCUCGGCCUACUAUUCCUCCUCAAAUGCCACUGUGGCUUCUGGUGGUGCUGGAGGAGGUUCAGCUGCUGGCGCUGGUGCGGGGCAAUAUGACGCAACGCUGAGAGCGACGGGAACAUUCUCUAACAAAGGCACAUUGAUUGGAACACCAAAGGCUUCCCGAGCAUACUUAGGAUCUUCUUCAAGUGCAGGAGGUGGGGCUGGCGGUGGAAAUUCUUCGUACUCCUAUUCCUCGACCACUACAAAUGUGUACAACAGUAAUACAAUGGGAGGAGCUGGAGGAGGUGCUGGUGGAUCAUCUAUGGAUGCUAUUGGCUACGGCGAAUCUACAACAGCAGACUACGAUAUGGCACCUGGAAUAUCUGGAGGUUCAGCGAAUUAUCAGAGUAACGCUAUGACUGGCGGAACUCUUUCCAAAGGUUAUUCCACGUCUACAAUGUCAUCCUCAUACAACUAUCAGGUCCAGAACGUGCGGACAGUGAUGAUGAAUCAAAGCGGUCAUCAGAUGGUCAGUUACGGAUCAACAUCUAGUGGGGCUGUUACACCCGGGGCAGCCGGAGACGAGGUCAGGGUUGACUGUUGCUUUAUGACGGGAGAUGGAGCAAGUGUUGUGACUGGCUCCAGUCUCGGACCACCUCAAGUUUGGGAUAUGCAGACUGGAGAACUUCUUCGAAUCAUGAAAGGUGAUACUGUUGGAUCUACAAACCUCCACCUCGCUUGUAAUGACCGCCUUUUAGUUGGCGCAGUUCAUGCCGAUCUAGAAAUUAACGAAUUUUCUACGAAGAAAGGAGUAACGAAUAAAACAUUACAGAUCUGGGAUUUUGUCACUGGUAAACCUUUAGUGAUGGGACAAGAGGAAACAUGUUCCGCAUUAUGUGUAAUGACAGACCCAGAUAAGGUUGUGUUUGCACGAUCUGGGAAGUAUGGUAACGGAACAGACAUUAUAGUAUGGGACUUGUUAGGAAAUCAAGCCAUCAAAGAGAUGCACUACGAUGUUCCAGUGGGUAACAAUGACUAUAUAAACUAUUUAGCAUUAUCUCAAAACGACAGAUAUUGUGUAGCAGGUUUUACGAAUUCAUUCGACAACUAUGCCGAGUUUGUCACAUUUGAUGUCACUUUAACUAGUUUCAACAUAACAGAACCAAACCUUCUCAGACUUGAUGCCAAUCCAGAUUGUACUGUGAUAUUACCACGUGAUGAAGCUGUUACCGGACUCCGGAAUGGUGACCUUGUCAUCUGGAGCCUGCGCACUGGACAUCCUAGUCGUCAGCUUUUGUCAGGGUCUGGUGUUCACGCACACAGUAGUGAAAUCAAGGCACUUGCCAUUUCUGAGGACAACAGAUACUUGGUGUCAGCUUCGACAGACUGUACCCUGAAAGUGUGGGAUAUGACGUCAGAGAGGCAGGUUAAUACGCUGUCUGGACAUGGUGACGAGGUGUGGUGCGUUGCGAUCUCUCCCGAUAACGAGAUUGUUGUGUCAGGAUCACGCGACUGUUCCAUCCGAUUAUGGAGACUGAAAAGCGGAAGUGAGAUUUGCACAUUCACUACUGGUGUCGAUGUGUUCUACGUUACUAUGAGCCAUGACAAAGGAACCAUAGUCGCCCUGGGCGACAAAUGUGGUGCCAGGAAACUGAUUAUGUUACAGGUCGUUCGAUCAAAGGUGCGACGUCAGAUUAGCUCAUAAAGAGUGCAUAAUUUAAAAACAAGACAAAACGAAAAAAUCAGUGGUGCAAUGCAAAUUUUCCCCUUGCCUUAUUGGAACUGUUGUGGGGUAAUAAAAAUGCCAGCUCUAUCUAGAUUCACAACAGAAAGUAAUAAUAACUGUUGGUGUUUCAUUUCAAUAGUAAUAUUUCGCAAAAAUCUUAAUUUGCGAAUAUGUCUGGUUACGAAUUUAUGAAAUACUUGAGAAUUGUUAAAACAGGCUUAACUUCCUUAUGAUAUGUGUUAUUGGAAAACUCGCUUGCCAGACCAUAUGAUAUACUUUCAACGACUGUAUGCUUCUACUGACCGGCUUCGUAAUUUAAACAUGAAUAACUGUAGAUUUAGAAUUAUUUUCGAUUUUAUGCGCCAGUUUUUCUAUGUGUUAAUCAAAAUACGUUUUGUUCCACCCAAAUACUUGACCAUUUCUAACCUUAAUUGAAAUAGGUUAAACAAUCUUUUUUUAGCGUUUUAGAUUAAAAAUAUUUAUGGUCCUUUUGCACAUGAUUUUAUCGUAACCUAAACUAAUGUUAAUCAGGGGAAAGAGUAACCAAAAGUAACCAAAAUUAUUGUGAAUAAUAUUAAACACUUUCUUUAUGAAAGACAAUUCAUAUUUUCUAUUAAGGGUCAUAUUUGCGGUACAAGUGAAUUAUUUUAUUAUCUUUUUUUAAAUGUAAUAUGGAUUAAGAAUAGUGAAUUGUAGCACAAGCAGAUCCAUGAUAAUGUAAGAAAUUUGUUCCCAAAUUUCAUGUAUCAACUUUUUUCAUUGGUUAACGUAUAACAGAUUAUGAUAAAACUAGGUUGAUUUUGUACUAAUAAACGAAAUUAAAUAACCCAAAAAGGGGGAGACAGAUAAUUUAGAAGCGUCCCGAUCUGUUUUAUUAGUGGUGUGAGAAGGCUUGUCAGUGGAUGUUAGUAUCGAUAUACCCUGUAAUUUAUUAAUCUUAAGAAAUUAUCUCACUACAAUGCGCUGUCAUAGGUCUUUCACGUGUGUACAUUCUAAACCUCCAGACAGUCUUCUAUGUUAAGCAAAACCAUUUUCAAAUUAUUUUUACUUAAAUAUAUCCUGCCAUGAAACCAGCUAAAUUACAAUAUAUUUUUUAUCCGAAAACAAUUGCAUUGUGAUGGAAUAACCGUUUGCAAAUAUAGAUAAUUUUCAUUUGUAUGAAUAUAUUAGAUCGGAUAAUAAUGCUAUGCUUUCUUUACCUAUAACAAAUAUGGUAAUAUAUUAUGUGAUUUAUUUAAGUAUAUAUAUCAUAUGGUUGUGAAAAUAUUCUCACUUGUCGAUAUAUUUUGCAUAAGAUAGGAAACAGCGACGUCAACUUAUAUAAGUAAAGGACAUUUUUAGAUUCUAUAUAAAGAGAGGUUUCUUUUGAGUCUUUGAAAAAUCUUUGUGUUUUUAUCAUAUUUCUAUUAUAUGAAACUUAGUCUCCAAAUUUGUCAUCGUUAUAAGUUGAUCAGACGCUGAAUUGAAAGUUGUGCCAUAUCUUUGUGUGACGUUCGUGGGAUGAAUAUGGUUUUAUAAAUACUGAUCAAAAUCCAAGCUGUAUCAAAAUUUGUUUGUGUGUAUUUUGUCAUUGCUUUAUAGAAAUAUUUCAUUUUAUAUAUUCAAUAAAUUUGUGCUCUUGUAUCAAG